UCUAAACAGCUGAAGGAUGGAGGAGUAAAUGGCAUGUUAGUCCAACAAUUAAUGGACCCACGACUAUCGGCAGCAUUAGAUAUGAAGGAGACGUCGGCAUCUGACGACAAAAGGCAUGAAUUGUCAGAAUCGUCCCCGGAAAACAACAAUAUGGAAGUCGUGUCGAUGGAAGGUGACCAUCGGACGGUUCAGAUUCAAGGCAAACGAGUCUCCGUCGUUGAAGACGGCAUCGAUCUAACAUCUCAAACCCACGGUUCAUCUAAAAGUCCAAUGGUGGAUCAGUCAAAGAGCGAAGAGCUAGUGUCUGAUGUACCUUUCAGGAAGGCCAGAGUGUCGGUUAGGUCAAGAUCAGAGGCUCCCAUGAUAAGUGAUGGGUGUCAAUGGAGGAAAUAUGGUCAAAAGAUGGCCAAAGGUAACCCUUGCCCACGCGCCUACUACCGGUGCACCAUGGCUGUUGGCUGCCCAGUUCGAAAACAGGUACAAAGAUGUGCGGAGGACAGAAGCAUUCUAAUAACAACAUACGAAGGAAACCAUAAUCACCCUUUACCACCGGCGGCCACCGCAAUGGCUAAAACAACCUCAGCGGCGGCAGCCAUGUUGCUAUCGGGUUCAACCACUAGCAAGGACAAUGGAGUAAUACCAACUAGUUCUGGCAACUUUAACUCUUUACCCUACGCAUCCACAAUGGCAGCACUAUCUGCUUCCCCGCCAUUCCCCACCGUAACCCUCGACUUAACUCAGGGCCCAAAACCCGUUCCGUACAUACGUCCGCCGCCUUCCACGCCUACAUUUCUAUUACCUCUGCAUGAUUACCCUAUGUUGGCUCCCAACAAGCUAUCUGCAUUGCCGGGAAUGCUGAUGGAGCAAGAACGUAGUGCUUCCAUGGUCGAAACUGUCACGGCUGCCAUCGCUUCUGAUCCGAAUUUCACCGCCUCAUUAGCUGCCGCUAUUUCAACAAUCAUGGGAGGAACGCCACCGACUCUGAGCAACAGUGGUGGGAAUAAUAAUAACAGUUCCUCCAAUGGGGUCCCUGGUCUUCCGAGUUCACUACAUCUUCCUCAGUCUUGCACCACUUUCUCCACUAACUAGCCAGGGUGAUGAUCAAAUUUUACUUG